AUGUCGACCAAACCUUCAAACCACACAGUCGACGAGAACAGCCCGCUCAUCAAUGGCGGUACCUCGUCGACUCGCCGUGACACAAGCGGCAAUGGCAAUGGCAACGGCCACAUUAGCCUCAGCAGAGACUCGAGCACAAUGACCUUUCUCUUCGACUCGAAGCACACUCCCGGUAUCGACAACCACAACAUCGCCAUCAGGAGUCUGGCUUACUCCUGGCACAUCGCCAAGGUCACCCUUCUAAGCAACUAUGUCAACUUCCUCUUGGUCAUGGUACCCCUCGGCAUCAUCGCUGGUAAGAUGGGCUGGGGCUCCACCGCUGUCUUCACCAUCAACUUCUUCGCUAUCAUCCCGCUCGCUGCUGUCCUGUCGUUUGCGACCGAAGAGAUCUCCAUGAAGCUCGGUGACACACUCGGUGGCCUUCUGAAUGCUACUUUCGGCAACGCCGUCGAAUUGAUUGUCAGCAUUGUUGCGCUCCAGCGAAACGAAAUCGAACUUGUCCAGGCCUCAAUGCUUGGCAGCAUUCUUUCUAACCUCCUCUUGGUGAUGGGAAUGUGCUUCUUGUUCGGCGGUAUCAUUCACCGAGGCGAGUCUGGCAACGGACGCGAGCAGGUCUUUUCUUCUGCUACAGCCCAGACGACUUGCUCUCUCAUGACCUUGUCUUCUGCCUCGCUCGUCAUCCCCGCUGCUCUCUAUGCUGUUCUCGAUCAGAGUGGCUCCAAGGAGAAGGCCCAGAGCAUUCUUACACUCUCUCGCGGUACCGCUAUCAUUCUUCUCGGACUUUACGUCCUCUACCUCGUUUUCCAGCUCCGAACCCACAGCAACCUCUUCGAUGCCGAGAACCAGAACGAAGGCGAUGAGGAAGUUGAGCCUGAAGAGCCCACCAUUGGCCCCGUCGCUGCCAUGGCCGUCUUGGUUGUGACUACUGUGCUUGUCACUAUCUGCGCCGAUUACCUCGUUGACAGCAUCGACGACCUCGUAACAACCUCCGGAAUCAGCAGGGCGUUUAUCGGUUUGAUCUUGAUCCCCAUUGUUGGCAACGCCGCAGAGCACGUCACCGCUGUUGUUGUUGCUGUCCGUGACAAGAUGGAUCUCGCCAUGGGUGUUGCUAUCGGUUCUUCUAUCCAGAUUGCUCUCCUGGUUACUCCUUUCCUUGUCAUUGUUGGCUGGAUCAUUGGCUCCGAGAUGACUCUUCACUUCGAAACUUUCCAAACUGUUGCCUUUGCCGUGUCCGUCCUCGUCGUUACUUAUACCGUCCAGGAUGGCAAGUCCAACUACCUUGAGGGUGCUAUGCUUAUGGGUCUUUACAUUAUCAUCGCCUUGGCUUUCUAUGCCACUCCUUCCGAUGUUAUGGACCCCGGCAAAUAA